UGUCGUUCUCCCAGCAUGGGGCCGAUAAGCAGGACCUGCUCCUCUGGGAGUUGCUCUUUUGGCCACGACCUCUCGCCUGGAGCCUUCUCAGUUUGGCUCAGUCGCCUCUUACUCAGAGAAAAUAUUCUCUUUGGAAUGGGAAAUCCUCUUCUUGACAUCUCUGCUGUAGUGGACAAAGAUUUCCUUGAUAAGUAUUCUCUGAAAGCAAAUGACCAAAUCUUGGCUGAAGAAAAGCACAAGGAACUGUUUGAUGAACUGGUAAAAAAAUUCAAAGUCGAAUAUCAUGCUGGUGGCUCUACCCAGAAUUCAAUUAGAGUGGCUCAGUGGAUGAUUCAGCAGCCACACAAAGCAGCAACAUUUUUUGGAUGCAUUGGGAUAGAUAAAUUUGGAGAGAUCCUGAAGAGAAAAGCUGCUGAAGCCCAUGUGGAUGCUUAUUACUAUGAGCAGAAUGAGCAGCCAACAGGAACUUGUGCUGCAUGCAUCACUGGUAGCAACAGGUCCCUUGUAGCUAAUCUUGCAGCUGCCAAUUGUUACAAAAAGGAAGAACAUCUUGAUCUGGAGAAAAACUGGAUGUUGGUAGAAAAAGCAAGAGUUUGUUAUAUAGCCGGCUUCUUUCUUACAGCAUCCCCAGAGUCAGUAUUAAAAGUAGCUCGCCAUGCUUCUGAAAACAACAGGAUUUUCACUUUGAAUCUGUCUGCACCAUUUAUUAGCCAGUUCUACAAGGAAUCAUUGAUGAAAGUUAUGCCUUAUGUGGAUAUACUUUUUGGAAAUGAGACGGAAGCUGCCACUUUUGCUAGAGAGCAAGGCUUUGAGACUAAAGACAUUAAAGAAAUAGCCAGAAAGACACAAGCUCUGCCAAAAGUGAACUCGAAGAGGCAGCGAAUCGUGGUCUUCACUCAAGGGAAAGAUGACACUAUAAUGGCUACAGAAUUGUGAAAAGUAACAUUCAGAGAUUUGCUUCAAAAGAAUUCAGUGAGCAGUAGAUGGUGAAGUAGAGAUACUGAGGUCAUGCGUUCAUUGUUGAAGCUGGACAGUAGACAUAAAAUCAGUCAUUAUGCUCUUAUCUCUGUAUAUAUGUUUGAAAUUUUUCAUUAUUAAAAUUUUUUUUAAAAAGUAAAAAAUAGAAUUCAAGCAAGAUUGAACGAUGUUAAAUGGUUUUCCCAAGAUAAAUUGAUAUCUUUACUAAACCUUUAAUUGCAAGAGGGAUUUAAAGAAAGGUGGGCAAUAGCAAGACAUGAUGGUGGCAUGCCUAUAAUCCCAGCUGCUCUGGAGGCUAAGGCAGCAGGAAUACAAAUUUGAGGAUAGCCUGGGCAAUUUAGCAAGAUCCUAUCUCAAAAUAAAAUAGAAAGGAUUGAGAAUGUGACUCCUAGUAGAGUACUUGCUUAGCAUUCAUGAGGUCCUGGGUUUAAUCCCCAGUACUGCAAAAAGAAAAAAAACAAAAGGCACAUUCCAAACAGGCUUAUGUAAGCAAAGGCACCAGGUACUAUGCAAACUUUUAUUGUUUUGGCAGGAAAAGCCACAGUUGUUAAUUUGUGUGAGAGAGAAGACAUAAACCUUGAUAGGAUAUCCCUGCCUUGAUACAAACUAUCUGAAUUGCCAUUUUCCUAUAUAGUAUGGCCAUUUCAUGUCUUAGCAAUGAACGGUUUAGAAAAGUGAAAAACAUGCAGUUUUCUCAUAGGAAAUAUAGUUCCACCUUCAGCUUCAUAAAAUGCUAUUAGGUUGCUCUUUAUGGAGACAUUCAUUUGAAAGCUUUCUGCAUUCCAGAUAUACGUAUCAUACAAGUUUUUUCUUCAUUAUGAAUUUGCACCAUUUUACCAGAAUGGAAAAUUAUCCUUCCCAUCUUGCGACUGAAUUUCCUUCAGAACUUAUUUUAUUCUUUAUUAAAUCUAUUAAACCAUUCUUAAGAAUGCUUACAAUCAGAAAUUUAUUUGAGACAAGACACUGGCUAAUCUUUGCUCUUCCUACCAUAUGAAAAUGAACUGAAAUUAGAGGAUGCACUAUAUCUGCAAUGCAUGAUAAAUACAAGAUGGAUAGAGAAUCUGUUCAGUGGUGUCAGCUACAAAAGCAAACAUGAUAAAUGUUAAUGCAGUUUUGAGCCUUGGGAUAAGCUAUUCAGUGCACAAGCAGAGCUGAAUCUCUUUGCUAUGUUGUUAUUCAUGGCAGCCAAAUAAAUGUCAAUAAUAAAAGAGAAUUAAAGAUUUUCAUUUCCCAGA